AUGGCGUGCCCGAGCGAUGCUGCCGAGCUCAUUGCCUCUCGCAUUCCAUUGGGCAGGCUGUCUACGGUCACGACAGUGAAACUUCCCAAGUUCGUCUUCUCGGACGAAGCAGACAGAGCUAGAUUUCCCAAUAUCUAUGGGGUCGUGCUGCAGCGGGAAGCGGUUUUGCAGGUCGAGAUCGAAUCCGAUGAUGACGACGAUGAUGAGGAGGCUUCGGGUUUUGUGGAGAAGGGCUGGCUUUUGCAGCUGGCGGAAGGCGAAGACGGCGCCUUGCACUGGCAAGAUUUUGUGCCCAGCUGCAAAUGCUGCAAGCGGAAACUUGGCCCAGUUUUGGAUCAGGAAGGGCUGCAGAAAUGCCCAGUGUGCAAGGGCCAGAAGGGGCACGGCAAGUGCUUUCAGUUUGCCUGCCCUGCAGGUAGCCCCUUAGCUUUUUCUUGCGGCAAAAUGCUGGCCAAGUCCCGCCCAGUGUACUGCGGUAGCCAUCCGUACUUCGCUGGGUACUUGCCUGCGGAUCAGUGUUCUGGAUCUUUCGGCCCCCCACUCUUCCAGAAGACUAGACGUAGGCUUGAAGAAGCUGUUGACUUCAUUGCCACAGCCCGGAAAAGCUUGGGAUCAUCUGGAGUCGUCGUUGAUCUCUUCCCAACAUCGAAUUCAUCAGAGCUGCCAGUGCUGAAUUCGAACCUGAGAUCAAUUCGAAUCCUCGUCUCCGAGAGACAGCAGUCCCUCAUUUCGUCACGCACGCUGCCUGAAAGUUAUGACCAGAAUGUGACAUCGGCAAUUGCAGCUGCAGAUGCAAGUCGCGAACUGCCUCCCGGAAACUUCAUCUUCCGGCAGCGUUCUGACGGCAACACUGGCACCACUAGCAUUGCCAAGUGUCGUGCUGCGGAUGACGCCAGUGUGCCGUCAUGGGAUGGCGAGGCCGACAUCGACAACGAGGGCGAGCCCUCGUUUUCUGAACAAGUCGUCGAGUUGAAGGAACUAAGUUGCUUCGUUGGCCUUGCGCCUCGGAGCCUAUGGACCAUGGACCUGUCAGCCAUGAAGCCUGACAUGUCAGCUGCCUCUCUGGCCGACAAGCUGUGCUGGCGCAAGGUGAUGGAUCUGCCGCUGCCCCACGCACUUCCGAGUUCCACCACUCUUGGCGGGUUUCCGCAACGGCUGCUGGCGCGUGGCCAUGGCAAGGGGCAAGUUGUGAUUUUUUCGGUGGAAGGUUCGAUCGUGAGACCCUGGUUACUGGUUGAGAUAUGUGACAAACCUGUCGGCCAAAGCGUGCGAACCACCAAGCUGACUUCCACGACGCAUGUCUGCCUGACGUCUCCUGAUCUCGCAGAUGCCGAUGUGCCAUCUCGCAUGCUCCCAUCCGUGAUUCGCAUCUGGGGGCGGCGGAGUGGCUAUCUGUUCUUUGACCAACUGGGGCAGGCUCAUCUCUUGCGAGAUGAGUCGAUCAUCUUGCAAGAGGAGGCUUGGAUGGGGCCAGAAUUAACCGACGAAGAUGCGAUGAGGCGUGUUGUCACGUUCAACGUACAAACAGGCGCCGGAAAUUCUACAAGGCGCUUUUGCCUCAUGGGAAUGCUUGUGAGAUUCGAAUACUUCGCCAGACUUUUCAAGGGCUGGCAGGAAGGAGCUUCCGCUGAAGUUUCUGUGACUGACGUCGAUGUGGCCGCAUUCGAUCACUUCAUGCACUACGUGCACUGCGGCAAAAUCGACUGCGGCCUCAACCUGUGGAUGCUGGUGCGGCUCAUGGGCCUUGGCAAUAAGUACAUCCUUUCGGAUUUUCUGGCGCGCUGCCUUGUACUGACCGCACGUAUCUUAGAUGACCCGAAGCAGAUGGAAAAGCAGGAAAUCACUGUGUUGGCAGAGUUGCUGGCGUUCGCCGAUGAUGCGGCAGUGACAUGCCCUACACUGAAAACGAAGAUCAUGGACUCCAUACUUUGUUUCCGCGGUGAUGCCUUGAAGGAUCCUCAGUUUCUGUCCAGAAUAGCCGCCAAGAAUCCUGAUGUGCUCGCGGCACUGAUUUCACCCGUGGCUCCCAAAGGAGAACUUGAGAACAUCCGACUCGCCCCAGAACGGGAGAAGCGAGGCCAAAAGCGGAAGAAGCUGGAGCAGGACGCGUGGCUGAAGAACGCGUGCCCACCUCCUUGGAGCAGGCGUGAGGCUAGCGUGCCAGUGAAUGAAGUUUCUGCUUAA